AUGUGCGGCUGGGCGGGGGGGGGCGAGGCGGUGCCUGGCCGCGCCUGCGCGGUGGGGCGUCUCGGACAGCUGCGCCCAGCCCUCCUUGCCCGGGACGCCUCCCUUUGCGCGGACGGGGCGGGGGGCUUCCCGGCCUCCCUCCGCCUCCCCUCCCGGGCCUCGCCCCCCCCGGGCAUCCCUCCGCACCCGGCCGGGGACCACGAUGGCCACGCCGGCGGCGGUGGUCAGCCCUCCCGGAGGCAUUCCACCUGUGCCUUGGAACCAAACGGCUCUGUUCAGCAAAUCGUGGAGGAGAGGUUAGGCGUGGAUAAAAAUGGCUGUUUCUUAGGCGCCAUCCCAGGAAGUGAGAAGCAUCUUUGGGGGACCUUCUUCUGGAAAAAGGCCAGUGGUCUUCAGCUCCUCCAGGCCCAAGAGCUACUGAGCUGCAAGCGCAUGAUAGAAAACCAUGCAACGUUAGAAUCAGGUGACAGGAAGAGGGGGAGCCAGAGCGAUAACCUCGCUGGAGUCAAAGUCAGGACCAUGGACAGCAAGCAGACCGGCAGAGCUGGGACCGGAAAUAAGCGGCGCACCGAGAUGGCGUCGGACAUACCCGGCUCGGUGACGUUGCCGGUGGCGCCCAUGGCAGCAGGUCAAGUGAGGAUGGCAGGAUCCAUGCCCGCCAGAGGGGGAAAGAGGCGCUCAGGAAUGGAGUUUGACGAUGAAGAUGGGGAAGGGCCCAGCAAAUUUUCAAGGGAGAACCACAGCGAGAUCGAGAGGCGCAGGAGGAACAAGAUGACCCAGUACAUCACCGAACUGUCCGACAUGGUCCCCACCUGCAGCGCCUUGGCUCGCAAGCCCGACAAGCUGACCAUUCUCCGCAUGGCGGUCUCGCACAUGAAAUCUAUGAGGGGCACGGGGAACAAGUCGACAGACGGAGCCUACAAGCCUUCCUUCCUGACUGAGCAGGAACUGAAGCACCUCAUCCUCGAAGCUGCCGACGGCUUCCUCUUCGUCGUCGCCGCCGAAACGGGCAGAGUGAUCUACGUGUCCGACUCCGUCACCCCUGUCCUGAACCAGCCCCAGUCGGAAUGGUUUGGCAGCACCCUCUAUGAGCAGGUUCAUCCUGACGACGUCGAGAAGCUUCGGGAGCAGCUGUGUACAUCGGAGAACUCCAUGACAGGGAGGAUUUUGGAUUUGAAGACGGGGACCGUAAAGAAAGAAGGCCAGCAAUCGUCCAUGAGAAUGUGUAUGGGAUCGAGGCGUUCUUUCAUUUGCCGGAUGAGGUGUGGGAACGCCCCUUUGGAUCAUUUGCCUCUGAACAGAAUAACCACCAUGAGGAAAAGAUACCGGAACGGUCUCGGCCCGGUGAAAGAAGGAGAAGCGCAGUAUGCCGUGGUCCAUUGUACUGGUUAUAUCAAAGCCUGGCCUCCGGCAGGUAAAAUAGGAAUGACCAUUCCAGAAGAAGACGCGGACGUGAGCCAAGGCAGCAAAUAUUGUCUGGUGGCGAUAGGAAGGCUUCAGGUUACCAGCUCCCCGGUCUGCAUGGACAUGAAUGGGAUGUCCGUCCCCACGGAGUUUUUGUCCCGACACAACUCGGAUGGAAUUAUCACCUUCGUGGAUCCAAGAUGCAUCAGCGUUAUCGGCUACCAGCCGCAGGACCUUUUGGGGAAAGACAUUUUAGAAUUCUGCCAUCCAGAAGAUCAAAGCCACCUGAGAGAGAGCUUCCAACAGGUGGUUAAGCUGAAAGGCCAGGUCCUUUCUGUGAUGUAUCGUUUCCGUAUCAAAAACCGGGAGUGGAUGUUAAUCCGGACCAGCAGCUUCACAUUCCAGAACCCUUACUCGGAUGAGAUCGAGUACAUCAUCUGCACCAACACCAACGUCAAGCAACUUCAACAGCAGCAGGCAGAGCUUGAAGUACAUCAGAGAGACGGGCUGUCGUCGUACGACUUGUCUCAGGUACCUGUUCCAGCUAUACAGUCGAAUGUCCAUGAGAGCGGGAAGCCUGUUGAGAAGCCGGACGCAAUCUUUUCCCAGGAGAGGGAUCCGAGGUUCGCCGAGAUGUUUGCCGGCAUAACGACUUCAGAUAAAAAGAUGAUGCCUUCCGCAUCCACGGCGGGAAACCAGCAGAUCUAUUCGCAAGGGAGCCCUUUCCAGCCAGGACAUUCUGGGAAAUCUUUCAGUUCCUCCGUGGUCCACGUCCCCGGCGUCAACGACAUUCAGUCCUCCUCUUCGACAGGCCAGAAUCUGACGCAGAUCUCUCGCCAGCUGAACCAGAGUCAAGUGACGUGGACAGGAAGUCGCCCUCCGUUCCCAGGACAGCAACUUCCUUCGCAGUCCGGCAAGGCUCAGUCUUCGCCCUUUGGGAUUGGAACCAGCCACACCUACCCCGCUGACCCGGCCUCUUACAGCCCUCUCUCCAGUCCUGCCACCUCUUCGCCGAGCGGAAAUGCCUAUUCCAGCCUGGCCAACAGAACUGCAGGGUUUGCCGAGAGCAGCCAAAGCAGUGGGCAGUUUCAAGGGAGGCCUUCGGAGGUCUGGUCCCAGUGGCAAAGCCAGCACCAUAACCAGCAAAACAGCGAACAGCACACUCACCAGCAGACCAGCCAGACGGAAGUGUUCCAGGAUAUGCUGCCCAUUCCAGGGGAUCCGACCCAGGGGACGGGCAAUUACAACAUCGAAGACUUUGCCGAUUUAGGCAUGUUUCCUCCAUUCUCUGAGUAAAGCAUCUAGGCAGAUAACCUCUGAA